AUGUGCAAAGACUCGAUUAACUCGAUCAAAGCACAUCAGCGACGGGUCGAGUCAUCUGGACAACCACGUCCUCUAGACGGACCUGAUCACGAAAUCAAAUUUCGAGAAAGCGAAACACUCGCACUCGAUAAACCUCAUGACGAUGCACUCGUAAUCGAGCUCGCCGUAGCCGGAUUCGAGCUGACCAGAGUCAUGAUAGACACAGGAAGCUCUGUAGACGUGCUGUUCUACGAUGCUUUCAAGCGAAUGGGAUUCGAAAACUCCGCACUCAUAGGAGGCCGUACGCCCCUAACUGGGUUCGCAGGAGAAACGACCUAUUCCAUGGGAACUAUCCAGCUCCCAAUCAAAGCAGGUGGUAUAACGAAAACAGUUGACUUUGUGGUCGUAGAUCGCCCCGCGCCAUUCAAUGCCAUUCUCGGCAGGCCGUGGCUCUACACCAUGAAAGCAGUUGCAUCCACUUACCACCAAUGCGUCAAGUUCCCUACACCUUGGGGAACAAAAACAAUUCGCGGUUGCCAACGAGCUUCCCGAGAUUGCUAUAUGGGCAGCUACUUGCGAGCUGAAAAAUCGCCAGUUUGCAUCGACGAAACCGACCCCGAAAGGCGCGUUGGUAUCGGAAUCGAUCUCGCAAAACCUAUCCGUGACGAGCUGAUCGCCUUCCUAAAGGAAAACAUCAGCACAUUCGCAUGGUCCACCGCGGACAUGCCCGGGAUUGACACUAGGAUCACGUCUCACGAGCUGAACGUAGAUCCCACGUUCAAACCCAUGAAACAAAAACGUCGAAAACUCGGCCCAGAUCGGGCUAAAGCAGUAAACGACGAAGUAGACCGACUACUCAAGGUAGGCUCGAUCAGAGAGGUGAAAUACCCCGACUGGUUAGCUAAUCCUGUAGUUGUCAAAAAGAAAAACGGAAAGUGGAGAGUCUGUAUCGAUUUCACAGACCUUAAUAAAGCUUGUCCAAAAGACAGCUAUCCACUUCCUCAUAUAGAUCGCUUGGUCGAAGCUACGGCUGGUCACCAGCUCCUAUCCUUCAUGGAUGCGUUUUCUGGGUAUAAUCAAAUCAAGAUGAACCCAGAAGAUCAGGAGAAAACAGCUUUCAUAACAGACCGAGGUACUUACUGCUACAAAGUAAUGCCAUUCGGGCUAAAAAAUGCGGGAGCUACAUAUCAGCGCCUCGUAAACAAAAUGUUUGCCGAUCAGCUCGGUAAAACAAUGGAGGUGUACAUAGACGAUAUGCUGGUCAAAUCCUCUAGGGAAACAGACCACGUCGCACAGCUCCGGGUAUGCUUCUCCAUACUUAACAAGUACGGCAUGAAGCUGAACCCGACUAAGUGUACAUUCGGAGUUCCGUCUGGCGAGUUCCUCGGUUACCUAGUAACUGAACGCGGAAUCGAGGCGAACCCGAAGCAAAUCUCUGCCCUCUUAGAUAUGCCUUCUCCAGAAAAUACUAGAGAAGUACAACGGUUAACCGGUCGAAUAGCAGCCCUUAAUAGGUUCAUUUCCCGGUCAACCGACAAGUGUCUUCCAUUUUACCAGCUCCUCCGAGGAAAUAAAAAAUUCCUCUGGGACGAAAAAUGCGAAGAAGCUUUCAAACAGCUCAAAACUUACCUCAGCGAACCUCCUAUACUGGCAAAACCAGUAGAAGGAGAACCGCUAUACCUUUACAUCGCGGUCUCGCCUGCAGCGGUCAGCGGGGUCUUAGUUCGUGAAGAGCUAAACGAACAAAGACCAAUCUUUUACGUAAGUAAAUCCCUGAUUGAUGCCGAGACUAGAUACCCAGCUAUGGAAAAACUUGCCUUAGCAAUAGUAAUGUCCGCUCGCAAGCUGCGACCUUACUUUCAAUCACACACAAUCGUGGUGAUGACCUCGCAACCAUUGCGAACUAUGCUACAUAGUCCAAGUCAAUCUGGACGACUAGCUAAAUGGGCUAUCGAGCUCAGCGAAUACGACAUCGAAUAUCGAACUAGAACCUGUGCUAAAGCCCAGGUACUAGCUGAUUUCAUGAUCGAGCUGGCACCGGAAGCCAAUAACGAUACCACCCUCUCUAAAGUUUGGACACUCUUCGUAGAUGGAGCCUCGUCCAAACAAGGAGCUGGCGUCGGAAUCAAACUCACAUCUCCAACCGGAGAAGUGAUCGAACAAUCGUUCAGACUCGGAUUCGUCGCCUCUAACAAUGAGGCCGAAUACGAGGCACUCAUAGCCGGACUCCGACUCGCAAUCGGGAUCGGCGUGAAUGAGAUCAACGCAUUCAGCGACUCCCAGCUCGUUACUAGCCAAUACAGCGGCGAGUACGAAGCAAAAGAGGAGCGCAUGGAAGCUUAUCUCAAAGUAGUUCGAGAUUUAGCUGGACAAUUCAGUAAAUUCGAACUAACUAGGGUGCCUAGGGGAGAGAACACUUCGGCUGACGCCUUAGCUGCUCUCGCCUCCACUUCGGACCCAACUGUAAGACGUGUGAUCCCAGUCGAAGGCAUAGAUAAACCUAGCAUCGACAUCGCACUCAAGUCUGACAGUAUAAACGCAAUUACCUCGCGCCCGUCUACUCGUUCUCAAACUAGACAGUCCCAAGAUCCGGGACCAUCUAACCCGGAACCUGAUUCCGAGGAAGAAGAACCUGACCAAGAUAGGCAAAAAACAAGGUAUAUCGAUUCGGACUCUUCGCAAAAUACGCAAGAGUCCACGAUCCAUACCGUCCCAUCUGCUAUGGCGAACGAACUCACCUUAAAGGAAGAGUUCGCUGCGAGACCCGACUGGAGAACCCCUAUCAUCGAGUAUAUCCAGCUCGGAGCCGUCCCUAACGAAAAAUGGGCAUCUCGCAAGCUAAAAGCCCAAAGCGCACAUUAUUGCAUAAUGGAAGAUAAGCUCUACAAGCGAAGCCUUAUCGAACCAUAUCUAACAUGCAUCCGGAAGAAGCUUACACCGUAA